AUGCAUUUCUCACAAUAUCUGUUACUUUCUGUACAAAUCGCCGGGACGGUGGUAUCCUCGGCUGCACUGUUCGAAUUCGGAGGGCCACCAGUGCAAUACCGCCCAAAAUUCCGAUAUUGGCUUCCGGAUGCUUCAGUGCCAUAUCAAUCCGUCGUGGACGAUGUGGACCACAUUGUCUCGGUAGGAGCUGGAGGCCUCGAGUUCCUUCCGUUCUAUAACUACGGCCUAGGCCCUGCACUCACAGACUGGUCUAUCUACGGAUUUGGCACAGAAGCGUUCAAAGAUAUGCUUCUAGCAGCUUUGAAUACUAGUAUGGCCCAUGGCAUAGUUUUUGACCUUGCGCUUGGUGCUAAUCAAGGCGCUGGUGUGCCCUCCAUAGUCGAGACCCCCGGCUUGGCCAAGGAGCUCGUGUAUGGAAACAUCACGAUCCAGUCAGGGGAAACGUACACGGGGCUAGUGCCGGAGCCCAACCCCGACUUCAACAAAAUUACGGGCUUUAUGAACACCCCUGAGCUGUGGGGAGCCAACGAGAUUGUAGCUGUGGUGGCUGGGAAAAUUAUUACUGACGUGCUGCUUGCGCAAUACUUCUACAUGUCUAUCCUCGAUGAGACGAGCCUAGUUGACUUGACUAACCUCACAAUUCAGGGUAACCUCUCAUGGACUGCCCCAAAAGGCGACGGAAAUUGGAUCGUCUUUGGUAUCUAUGAGCGCUACACGAAUCAAAGGAGUUGCGCAUCGGUCACAAAUGCCACAACGGCCCUAGGGAAUGGUUCUUGGAUUGUGGAUCACUGGAGCUCAAGCGGAGCUAAGAAGAUGACAGACUUCUGGGACCAGCAGAUUCUGUCGAAUGACACGAUAGAUGCUCUCGUCACAGAAACUGGCCAGUAUAUCUGGGAGGACAGCAUGGAAAUGCAAGCCGCACUGCCGUGGACAAGAGGUCUGCUCUCUCGCUUCGAGGCUCUUCAUGGUUACAGCGCCACCAAGUUUCUGCCUAUCCUUUUCCAUGCAACAAAUACCUGGGGUGGUUAUCUUCCCCCGUACAAUAUCACCUACACUUUGGGAAGAUACGCUACGGAUGGAGGAGCAUACGUACAAGACUACAAGGCGGCAUUGAGCCAAGGAUAUCUAGAAUAUCUGGAGCAUUAUAACGGUUGGGCUUCAUCCAGAGGCUUGAAGCUAUCUACCCAGCCAGCAUACAAUAUGCCUGUUGAUAUGACCCAGGCAGUGGCGCACGUUCAGGUACCCGAGCUGGAGUCGUUGGGUUUUUCCGAAAGCAUCAAUAACUACCGCCAAUUCACGGGUGCAGCUCAUUUGGCUGGACGCAACAUUAUCUCAACAGAGGUUGGCGCCACACUCGGGAACGCCUACAAGCAGAGAAUCCCCCACUUGAAAGGCCUCUUCGACGAAUCUUUCGCCGCUGGCGUCAAUGCCAUGGUCCUUCACGGGUACGCCUAUAGUGGAGAGUAUGUGGGAACAACCUGGCCCGGCUACACUCCUUUUCAGUAUCAAUACUCAGAAAUGUGGAACCCUCGACAACCAGCUUGGAAACACCUCGAUGACCUCAUGUCUUAUUCCGCUAGGAACUCGAUGGUUAUACAACUUGGUGUCCCCAAGUUCGAUCUCGUAUUUUACUAUUUUGAUAUUCCCUAUCGCUUUGGCGCGGGUAGCUACAACCAAAGCGACAUGAACACAUAUGGGUACACAUUUGAGUAUUUAGGACCUGAUAACCUGGUCUCCGGCCCAGCCGUGGCUGCUGGUGGUAUCCUUGCUCCUGACGGACCGGGAUACAAGGCUAUGGUUAUUUACAACCAAACCCAGAUCACGCCCCGUGCUUCUGCAGCACUUACCGUCUUCGCUCGCAACGGACUUCCAAUCUACAUUGUAGGAACAAUACCCAAUAUCACAAUUGGGACCACCGGCCAACAAGAAGUCUCGGCAAAUAUGGAAGAGCUUUUGACAUACGAUGUUGUGCAUGUACUGGAAACCGAUGACUUUUCCGCCUCUACGCCUUUUGCGGACAGUGUCCUGCCUCGUGUCAAUACCCAUGGGGACUCCGGCGCAUCUAGUCUUUACACCUUUUGGAGGUCAGAUACUAAAUCUGACAGCGAAUAUGUCUACUUAUACAACACUGGCGCUGAUAAAACUUUUAAUGUAUCUUUUUCUGUGCUGCCCAACUCGAGUCCGGAAAUUUUCAAUGCGUGGACUGGAGAUCAGAUCCCGUUGGCUGUAUACCAGACCACCUCAACCGGCAUCACCACGUCGAUCAGCUUGAAAUCGAACCAAACAACCAUCAUUGGGUUUUCAGCAUCCGCAACACAGGAUCGCGUGUUUGUUGUCGAUCACUCUCCGAACGUUGAGACUAUUCGGGUUGCCAAAUGCAUCGAGGCAUGGGUGGCCGACUCGUCGGAGGCAUGGGUGACGUUGAGCAACGAGAUACGGGUUGUCAUUCCCGCAGCCGCUAAUGUUCCCGCAGCUGUAACCACCUUGGGUCCAUGGAAUCUCACGGUCGACGCCUAUGGUCCAUCUGACAACAAUUACAAUGUGAAAGGCGAAAUCACAACCAUCAAUGUCGGCAGGCUAGAUAAUCUUGUGCCAUGGACAAAUAUUUCUGGAAUUGAGCAGAUCAGUGGGGUUGGAAUGUACUCAACCAAUUUUGAUCUGUACUCUUAUGAUCAGACAGCUAUACUGGUCUAUUUUGGUCCAAUACUACAUACCCUGAGGGCUUGGGUAAAUGGACAUCAUCUCUCCCCCGUUGACCCAACAAAUCCCGUGUCUGAUAUUUCUGAUCUCGUGGGAGCGGGAAGUAACAAACUGGAUAUCGAGGUAACGACUUCUUUGUUCAAUGCAGUCAAAGCGAAUAUCGGUCGAGUCUUUAGUGCUGGCUAUGGCCCCAAAACACCUACAUACUACACGGCUGAAGAUUGGCACGAGUUCGGGCUAGUAGGACCUGUGGAGCUCCGAACCAUGAGGAAACUGUGUGUUGCGUAA